CGGUAUAAAGGGGACCGGCUCCGAGCCUCGUCCAGAGCAGGAUCAGCUCCUGCCCUCUCCGAUUCCUUGGGUCUGUUCCUCUCCUUCCUCUCGACACCAUGAUACGCCAGUUCAGCUCCAAAUCGAGCUACCAGAGCGGCGGCGGCGGCGGCGGCGGUGGCUUCAGCUCCGGUUCGGCCGGGGCGGGCGGGGUUCGCCGGGUGACCAGUAGCUCCAGCUACGUGCGCCGUGGCACCGGAGGGCGUUAUGGAGGAGGCGGCGGCGGCGGCGGCGGCGGUGGCGGCUUCUGCAGGGGAGGGGCCGGAGGCGGCGGUGGGGGCUUCGGCAGCCGCAGCUUGGUCAGCCUCGGGGGAAGCAAGAGCAUCUCCAUGAGCGUGGCCUCAGGUGGCUUUGGAGGCGGUGGCUUCGGAGGCGGUGGCUUCGGAGGCGGUGGCUUUGGAGGCGGUGGCUUCGGAGGCGGUGGCUUCGGAGGAGGUGGCUUCGGAGGUGGCGGCUUCGGUGGCAGGGGUCCCUUCGGACCUGGGGGCAUAGGCCCCGUCUUCCCCCCCGGGGGCAUCCAGGAGGUACAGAUCAACCAGAGCCUCCUGCAGCCGCUCAAUGUGGAGAUCGACCCCGAGAUCCAGAAGGUGAAGUCGCAGGAGCGCGAGCAGAUCAAGACCCUUAACAACAAGUUUGCCUCCUUCAUCGACAAGGUUCGGUUCCUGGAGCAGCAGAACAAGGUCCUGGAGACAAAAUGGGAGCUGCUGCAGCAGGUGAACACGAAAACACGGACCAACAACCUGGAGCCCAUCUUCGAGGCGUACAUCGCCUCUCUGCGCCAACAGCAGGACACCCUCAGGAACGACCGUGGCCGACUGGACUCGGAGCUGAAGAACAUGCAGGACUUGGUAGAAGACUACCGAAACAAAUAUGAGGAUGAGAUCAACAAGCGCACAGCUGCCGAGAAUGAGUUUGUGACAGUCAAGAAGGAUGUGGAUGCGGCCUACAUGACUAAGGUGGACCUGCAAGCCAAGGUGGACUCCCUGGUGCAGGAGAUCAAUUUCUACAAAGUCCUGUUCGAUGCGGAGCUGUCCCAGAUGCAGACCCACAUCAGCGACACCAAUGUCAUACUGUCCAUGGACAACAACCGAAGCCUGGACCUGGACAGCAUCAUCUCCGAGGUCAGAGCUCAGUACGAGGAGAUCGCCAGGCGCAGCAAGGCUGAGGCCGAGGCCUUGUACCAGCAUAAGUACCAGGAGCUCCAGGUGACUGCUGGAAGACACGGAGACAGUUUAAAAAGCACCAAGGUAGAGAUUUCUGAGCUGAACCGGAUGAUCCAGAGAAUUCGGGCUGAAAUCGAGAAUGUGAAAAAGCAGAUCUCCAGCCUGCAGCAAGCCAUCGCCGACGCGGAGCAGCGUGGCGAGGCGGCGCUGAAAGACGCCCAGCAGAAGCUCCAGGAGCUGGAGGAAGCCCUGCAGAAGACCAAGGAGGAGCUGGCCCGGCUGGUGAAGGAUUACCAGGACCUGAUGAACGUCAAGCUGGCGCUGGACGUGGAGAUCGCCACCUACAGGAAGCUGUUGGAGGGCGAGGAGUGCAGGCUGUCCGGAGACUUUCAGGAAAACGUGAGCAUCUCCGUGGUGAACAGCACCGUCUCCGUGUCCGGGGGCGGAGGAGGCGGCUACAGCCGAGGAGGCGGAGGAAGCGGCGGCGGCUACAGCUCCGGAGGCGGCGGCGGCGGCUACAGCUCCGGAGGCGGCGGCGGCGGCUACAGCUCCGGUGGAGGCGGCUACAGCUCCGGCGGGGGCAGCAGCAGCGUCCGGGGCUCCGGUUCUGGGGGCGGCGGGAGCUACGGCGGCGGCUCCGGAGGCGGGAGCAAGACCUCCGGGGGCGGCGGGAGCAGCAGUGUCAAGUUCUCGUCCUCCACUUCUUCGACCAAAAGGGUGAUAAGAUAAAGCUGGAGCCCCCCUCAUCCCUCCACACUCCCGCCCUCCCGGAAAGUAACCCAGCUUCUCCCCUCACUGCCCACAGCCAGAGUUCUGGGGGGAGGGGGGCCCCUUUAGGUCCCCUAAACCCACCCUCCCUCUCCUCCCAGACCCCCGACCCUUCUUUGCUCCCGCAGCCCCCGUCCUCCUGGGCCUUUCGGUGCCAUUUCGCAAGACCCAUCCCCGCUCCUGCAGAGG